AUGCACUUUCCCAGUAUCGUGUUUAGACGGCACGGAGGUCGCCAGUGGAUGCAGCAGCAGAGCCGUGACCCGUUCGUCUUGGAGGCGCGUCGGCGCGGAUACGUUGCGCGCAGCGCCUUUAAACUAUUGGAAAUGGACGAUAAGUUCACACUCUUUUCCAGAGGCAACACACGUGUUGUGGUGGACAUUGGUUGCAGUCCUGGAAGUUGGCUGCAGGUCAUACGCGAGCGGUGCGGGGACAAGUGUGCCGUUUUUGGUGUUGAUGUGUUGCGUGUGGCCUCCACAGUCACUGGAGCAGUGUGCAUCCAAGGUGACUUUACAAACCCAGCGGUACGCGAGGAGCUUCUCGCCCGCAUGGUGACCGUUCGUGCGGCGGGGGUGGUGGACGUCGUAACAUCGGACAUGUGCCUUAACCGAGGUACAGGCAGUACGUCCGACAGGCAGAAGCAAGAGGAACUUAACCGGUCGGCACUAGCCUUUGCCUUGGAGCAGUUGGUACCAGGCGGGAAUUUUGUGUGUAAGGUGCUUGGGUCUCCCACAGCCUACGAGGAGCUGCGAAGGGAUACGUGUCGGUGGUUUGUGCGGACGGAUAUCUGCAAACCUUCUUCGAGUCGACUCACAAGUGACGAAGCAUUCAUGGUAUGCCGGGGGAAACGUGAGAUACCUCGUGAUCGAAGUGGCGGAUGUGAUGGGACCUACGGCGGCCGAUUUGGGUUGGACGAUUGGCCAGGCCAACUGCGGGGCUCACCACGGCGACGCAAGCCGUAG